AUGGCAGGCACAGCAGGCAGCCGGAGAUUUCGGGUUCCCGCGAACCCGGGGCUUUCCUACCCUUCGUGGCUAGUCCCUCCCUACGCAGUCGACGACUGUUACUUUCCCGCCCCACGGAGAAAUCCCGUCUGUUCUGACGCUCCUUGUUUUCACAAGGAACCUCAUUCACCAUGCACGCAUCGCGCUCAUGUAGAGUCGCCAGACUCUCCGCUCAACUGCCGACAGGUUUCGCCAACAGGGUACACCGAAUUGUGUGGACAAACUUUUCCGUCCACAUGGGACCAUCACCCUGCAAGUCCUUGUCAGCAUGUGGAGCCUUCUUCUUUAGAUGGGAGACUAGCACCUCACGCGAGUAUCGAAGGGCGUGCAUGGCCUGUGCGUGAGGACCAUGGAACCGGACUCCCACCGCGGUCUCUGUUGUCCAGAACAACCCAGUUUCGCCGCGUACCGGGCAACGGCAGUUCUCUCCAGCGAUCUACUAUAUCAAGGGAGAAAGACUGUGGCCUUCUAUUGGAUUUGAAGGCUGAAUCCAGGCGCAACCACCCUCCCGAGAGCGUCUAUACGACGGACUACGUAGACCACUUCGCCCUCACCAUUCACCCAGACGACACGCCGCUCGAAGAACCGCAAGCAUCGACUGCUCCAACCUGGAAUCCUUCGCAAGUGACAUCGUUGCGGGAGAUGAACGGUGGCAUCCAGCAUAGCUGCGAUCUGCCGUACAACCCCACGUGCUCAAUCGCACAGACAGAGCGGUCCCUGCCACACUUUGAACCAUCGGGGAUUGCUCCCUGCAGCGCUUCCCGGGGUACAGCCCAAAAUUUAACGAGUACCUGUGCUGUUUGUGCUCCGCAUGCAAGCGAAACGGUUGGCUGUCCUUGCCCGAGCUGUUGGAGGUACGGAAGGCACCAACUUCACCUCUGCUCCCUCUGCCCAGAACACUGCUCUCACGCUUGCGUUAUGGCUCCCCGAGGAGCCCCGCCGGGUGGGAUAGUAUCGCAUUCUCACUGUGGAUCAAGAGCAGCCACUCCCAUGCAGGGAAUCCCCAAAACACAUUGCUGGGCAACUGAAAUCCCUGCUGGCGAAGGAACCCCCAGUGGACAGCUUCGGCGACGCUCAACGGGCACAGGCGAUCAGGAGUGGCAGAACUGCAAGGCAGGCAGGAAUGGAGUACAAAACGGGACCACACCGCUGACAACCCCUGCAUUGGGACUUGCGAGUUUCAAUCCUAGAGAUUACAAGUAUCUCCCCCUCUGGGAGCUGCAGCUUGUACCACCCGCCGGAAUUCCGACGAGUAAAUUUCAACCGGUCACACGGUCUUGA